AUGUCUACAUCUACAGAGGGCAAGCCUGAAGUGGUGUCCAUAUCACCGCUUCUCAAACGCCUUGCGUACCCCGCUACCGCAGAAAUACGUGUAAGCGCAGAUGAUAUCGCUUCAGCCUUUGCUCUAAUCUUCGAUAAUCGCCUUUCCGAUAUUCAAACGGCCGCUCUCCUCACACUCCUUCAUUCCACCGGCAAAGACAAACAACCCGACGUCAUUGCAAAAUGCUCACACCGCAUGCGAGAAGCAGCUUGCACUGUUGAAAAAAGCACUUUGCGCCAAGUGGUCAAGAAGCGCGGACAGGCGGAGGGAAACUACAAUGGUGGCUUGUGCGAUAUUGUCGGAACCGGAGGUGAUUCACACUCUACGUUCAAUGUUUCAACGACUUCUUCUAUCAUCGCUUCACCAUUCCUGAUGACCGCAAAGCAUGGAAACCGAGCACAGACAUCUUUCUCAGGCUCCGCGGAUGUCCUCAAGGCGAUUGCGCCCAUUGCGCCGGACAUCGACGCUAUUACUGCGGAAAAUAUUUCCAAGGUGUACGAACAAACAAACUAUGCAUUCCUGUUUGCUCCUAAUUUUCACCCCGGCAUGAUGUACGCAAACCCUGUUCGUCGCGGAUUGGGUCUUCGAACAAUCUUCAAUCUUAUGGGACCGCUUGCGAACCCAGUUGAGUGGGCAAUUGAGGCCCGUGUAGUCGGUGUAGCAUACCAAGCAUUAGGCCCAGUCUUCGCAGAGGCUCUUAAACAGGCCGGUGCUAAGAAAGCCAUGGUGGUGUGUGGUGAAGAGGACAUGGAUGAGAUCAGUUGUGCUGGAUACACAAACUGCUGGAGACUUACUGCCAAGCCUAAUCCUAACUACAAGCCAACUGAGAGCGAAGAUGGGGAUUCAAGCGAGGAGGACGAAGAGAAUCCUCGUCAAAUUGUUGAGAUUGAUACAUUCAAGCUUCACCCUUCGGACUUUGGUGUCCCAUCCCACCCUCUAAGUGAAGUCUAUGGACGCAAGAUGCCCAAGGAUAACGCCGAGAAGCUCAUGAGCAUCCUUCGCAAUCAGCUGCCUCGCGAGGACCCCAUUGUCGAAUUCGUUCUCAUGAACGUUGCUGCACUACUUGUCACAUCAGGUGUAUGCGAAGUUGAGACUAGCAACAUGGGUCCUGGCGAUGAUGGCAAGGUUAUUACCGAGCGUGGUCCAGGUGGUGGCCGCUGGAAGGAAGGUCUGCGACGGGCUCGCUGGGCCAUCGAGAGCGGAAAGGCCCUUGAACACUUGGAAAAGUUCAUUGAAGUCAGCAAUAAGCUUAACUAA